GACUUUGGUCAUGCUAGACGAGCACUGUGCUGCUGAUCCACGUCUUCUCCCUUCAGUACCGGAUUCCAGGAAGGGACUCUACCCCUGAGCCCCUCACUGUAGAAUAGGUGGCCCCUUCUGCUUGGGUGCCAGGUCAGCUGGUACAGAAAUGGCAGGAAAGGAGAACAACUUUCCGCCCCUGCCACGCUUCGUGCCGCUGAAGCCCUGCUUCUACCAGGACUUCUCCGAUGAGAUCCCUGUGGAGCACCAGGUGCUGGUGAAGAGGAUCUACCGGCUGUGGAUGUUUUACUGUGCCACUCUGGGUGUGAACCUGGUGGCCUGCCUGGCCUGGUGGAUUGCGGGUGGAGCGGGGGCCAACUUCGGCCUGGCCAUGCUCUGGCUGCUUCUCUUCACUCCCUGCAGUUAUGUGUGCUGGUUCCGGCCUGCGUAUAAGGCCUUCCGGGCUGACAGCUCCUUUAACUUCAUGGCAUUCUUCUUCAUCUUUGGGGCACAGUUCGUCCUGACAGUCAUCCAAGCCAUUGGCUUCUCCGGCUGGGGAGCAUGUGGCUGGCUGGCAGCUGUUAGAUUCUUUGGGGUCAGUGUUGGGGCCGCCGUGGUCAUGCUGAUCCCAGCCAUCUUGUUUUCCUUGUCUGCUGUCAUGAUGGCCAUCACACUUGUGAAGGUGCAUAGGAUCUACCGUGGGGCUGGUGGAAGCUUCCAGAAGGCACAGACAGAAUGGAACACUGGUACCUGGAAGAAUCCCCCAUCGAGGGAGGCCCAGUUUAAUAGUUUCUCUGGGAAUAGCCUACCUGAGUACCCCACUGUUCCCAGCUAUCCCAGUGGAGGCCAGUGGCCUUAGGUAUCUGGCUGGCCUCAAUACUGUGGCUCUGACUCCUGCCCACCACCCUUGGUCCUGAAGCCUGUGCAUCUCCCUGGGGUCCUAGGAAGUCCUUGGCCUGUUCAUCUCUUGCUAGAGCCCUCAGCAAGCACUGCCCAGUGGGUGAAGUAAGGAAGCUGACAAACACCUAGAUAAAAAAGAGUAUCAUAUUUAUUUUGGGAACACACACAAUGAGGGUAAAGAGCCACUGCAGUUUUCUGCCCUGGAGGCCCAGGAUGCUGCUCUCAGGUCCCUGACAACCACCGAAGAGAGCCAGAGAAACCCCUCCUCUUUCUUAUAAGGGAUCACAUCACCAAAGCCACUCCCUAAGGCCAGCACUUCAAAACUAUUGGCGGAAUAAAUUACCACUACACUGCCCAAUAGCCAUCGCUCACUGCCAUCCUAUCAGAGCCAGGCUGUGUGGCUGUCCUGCUCCCACCUGUUUGCACAGGUAGGGAGCCCAGCCUGUCCAGGGAGUGGCCUUAAGCACCAGGCUCCUGUCUUUUGUGUUGCUGAGACACAGCUGGACCCCAAAGGAAUUGUGGACGGAGAUAGAAGCAUGAAUGUUGUGACUGCCUCCUUAGCUCUACUAUCCAGUCCACCCUGUGCUCCUGUGGUGACAGGAUCCUGCAGCUUCCUUGUCCCGUCCCUAGUGGCAGUGGCAGUCUGCUGUCCCCACCUCCAUCCAGACCUCUGGCUCCAAGAGGCCCCCCACUCCUGUGGGAGGAGAGAGAGACAGGCUCAGCUGCAUGGCAGACCAUACCCCACCACAGAGGCUAGCCAGCACUGGAGGUCCCUGGUAUUCUGGGAGCAGAACCAGGAACAGAUCUAUGCCUUAGAAAGAACCCUGCUUCCCCUUACCCUUAUGCCUUCUUGGGACAGCUAUGUCCUCACCAGGACCCCCUAGCACCCCUGAUGACAUUGGACUCAACAUUAUUCCUGUUAUCCACUGCUGCCAAGUCACUGCAGUCUCCAGGCCUCUCCACAAGGCAUACCCAUCCUAUGCUGGUGUCCCACCAAACUGCUUGGGCACCUGACCUCUGUUCUGUGCCCCAGAAUGCCCAAAGGGUCCAGGAUAGAGAGUUGCAGGCAGGCAUCUGGAGGCCCCAUCUCAGAUGUGCACAGGGAUAGGACCCAGUGCCCACCACAGGGGAUAGGCCCUCAAAACACCUGCAGCUCUGCCCUGCCCACCCCUGGGUAUGUGCACCCACAUGUCAUAGUUGGUUUUAUAAUAUGAAAAUAUUCUGGAAAUAAAUUCUCUUUCUGCA